CUCUUUUUGCUCUUCUUCCGCCACGCUCUCUGUGCUUUCGUCUGGCUUCUUCCUCGUCCCGGCCUUUUUCUCCCUUUUCCUGGUCCAGCCUGUCUUAUUUGUGUCUUUAGGUAUGUCUGUUUUGGCUGCUGUGCGGGUCGCUGUCCGUCUGCUGCCUCUUCUCCCCUCGGCGAUUCGAAGCCUGGGUGUGUUUUCAAUCCAACGCUAACCAGCUCUCCCCCUGCAAGACGAAAUGCGGGAUGUCAACUUCUUCUCGGUGCUCAACAACAAGGCCGCGGCCACCAUGACGCCGACGAUGUACGACAGACGGGCGCUCGACUGCCCCUACGAUCGGCCGCUCGUCAACUCGCUGAGUAGUCUCUGUGUACUCAUCUCCUCCUCGCAAGUCAUUCGAGAAUCGCUCGCGACCGACGGCGGCAUCGACAGGCUCGUCACCAUCCUCCGCUCAUGCACCGGCAUGCACUCGCGCGACGUGCUCACCUCGUGGAAGUGGUCGCUCACGCUGCAGUGCUUGUCCUCCGUCGGCGUGCGUGGGACCGAGACCGUUCGUCGGCGGGUGGUCGACGCAGACGUCGUGCCGGUGCUGGCUACCAUCCUGGACAACUUCCUGGAAGCCAUCGAAAAGUUACGAAUUUAUCAUGAUGUCUAUGCAAAAUAUUCAGAUACCGCUACAAACAACGACGGUCGGAGGAGUCUCCUCUCAAGUAAUGAAGAUAGUGAAACCGAGCUGGCUGCUGGUGCUGGUGCUACCCGGUCGCCUGCCGUGCGACCGUCCGCCAGACGAGUCACCGCCCCUGCGACUGCUGCGCAUACCCACACCACAGACUCGCCAGCGAUGACAGACCGGCCAUUAUUCGACAACGGAAUCGAUGCCAAUGCGGCGGGCGCCUUCAUGUCGCUUGUGGCCCAGGUGGCUGAAGACGAACGACAGCAACGCCAGCAACAGCAGCAACAGCAGGAGGAGGAGCAGAUGCAAGACACGACCGCAGACGCGAAUGCCACAAUGACAGAUACCGAGCAGCGCUCGGUUGACAACACAGAAACCGAUUCGGAAGGGGGUCUGAUCGCUGUCUCGAAUACUAACGCCUACUUCAAUCGCAUCCAUUAUCACAUGUAUCGCCAUCACCGCCAUCAUCACCAUCGCAACCAUCAUUCUCAUUCGCAUACACAGCCAUCACCAGUACUACCGACCGACGCAAACGGAAGCAGCUCGACAGCGGAAGCCGCCGUUGUUGAAGAGGAAGCCAUGACCGGCAUCUCGACGGCGACGACGUCGUCGUCCGAUGUCGAGGACUCUGCGGCGGCCAUGGAUAUCGACGAAGACGUUGUUGUCGCGCCGUCGAGUUCUCUUGCGCAGGUUCCGAUGAGCGCAGAAGAGGUGCAUGCCUCGUCUGAAGAAGCUACAUAUGGGGCUGACGUUUCGAGCUCGUCGUCGCUGAACGCGCCACGGAUGCUCGACAUUGACUACUCGGCUGGAUACCGCAACACGACGACGUCAGGACCAUCGCAAACGCUUGAUUCCAACUCUGCAGAGGCUAGCGCCGAGGGCUCGUUCGCUGCGCGCUCACCCGUAGCUGCUGCGCGAACGUCGCCUGCUUUUGAAUCGGCAACUGUGAUGCGCGAGGCGGAGCAGGCAGCCAUGCAGGCCGCAGCGCAGACUGAGAAUCUCGGACCAGGCAAUGCGCCGCUGUUGUCGUCGUUCCCGGCAUUUUUGGGAUCGCAGGAUAACGUGCCGCGGGAAGAGGACGUACUGCUCUCGCUGCAGCUGCUGGCGUAUGUGUCCAAGUACGUGAAUCUUCGGGAGUGCUUCCAGAAGACACAUCUUGUUCCGUCGUUGUCGAUGCGACCAGAGCUGAGAGCCAAGGCGGAGGAGCAGAUGGCGAACACCGAGUCCAAACGGAGAGGGUUCGACGACCCGUCUCUCGACCCCGAGGACGAGUCGCUGAUUGAGGAAGAGUAUAAGCUUCCGACGCUGAAUCUUUUCCAACUAGUCGAGCGCUUCACAGCGCGUGCAUAUGCCGAGGGCGAUCUGAGCUACUGGGCGUCGAUCAUCAUGCGCAACUCGUGCCGCAAAGACGAGUCCCGAGGCGGGGUCCGACAGUGUGGGUAUUUCGAGUGCGGACGAUGGGAGGAGUAUCCGAAGCAGUUUGCGAAAUGCCGGAGGUGUAGGAGGACAAAGUACUGCAGCAAGUCGUGUCAGUCGAAAGCAUGGUCGUUCCAUCGGCACUGGUGCGUGCCUCCGGGACAGGAGGUGCAGAUGAUGAAUCGAUAAUCGAUAAAGCAAACCAACUCAUCAUUCUCUUUUUUUUUUCAAAUCUUGUGUUUAGCUUUAUAACUGUACGGAAGGUAGGGGCGUGAGCAGGAGCGGAGGGUGGUUGAAUAUCUUUGGAGUUUACUACGUGCAUUUGGGUUGCUCUCUAUCACUUGAGUAUUAAUUCUUCUUUUUUUUUACUUUUUUAAUUCCUUCUUCUCAACUUGGCUUUUCUCAUCGUUUAAGUCAUCCUGCAUUCUUCUUUCUUUGUCAUCCAUUUGUGCUUUUUUCACAAAUCAAAUUUGCUUUCCUGUAUCUUCUUUUCGUUUAUCCUGUCGCUAUGCGUGCGAAUGUCUUUCCAUCUUAUGAUCUGUAUCUAUCGAUUCUUUUGCCUUCUUCUUCUUCUUCUUCUUCUUUUGCACUGUUCUUUAUCGAUUCGUUGCAGGCUUUCUUUCUUAUUCCUCAUUUAGUUGUUGAUGGUGG